UGACAGUAGAUGCGUGCUCACUGACACACAGCAAUGGUGGCUGUUCCCAGUAAAACUUUGGCAGACGGAAAAAAAUAACUCUCGAGCGUAGAGAGUCGAGACUUGUACUCGGACACGGCAACAGGGCUUCAGCGCGGAAUAAUGUCGCACCAAACGGGAAUCAAAGCGAAUGAUGCACUGAAGAAGUUGUUCGCAAAGUGCCGCGACGGGAAAAUACGAGUACUCAAGAUUUCGAUAGAGAAUGAGGAACUGACGCCAGCUUCUUCCGCUAAACCGAUAAAUAAAUGGCAGGAUGAUUAUGACAAAAUGGUCAAGCCACUGAUCGUGGAGAAUCAACCAGCUUAUAUUCUUUAUAGACUGGACACGAAAUCGCCUGAUUCUGGCUAUGACUGGUUAUUCAUAUCCUGGUCUCCUGAUACAGCACCAGUUAGACAGAAAAUGCUCUAUGCUUCUACCAAGGCUACUUUGAAGCAAGAAUUUGGCACAGCCUCCAUAAAAGAAGAAUUGCAUGGGACUGUUCCAGAAGAUGUCACACUGGAGGGUUAUCAUAAGCAUAAGAGAAAUGAUACAGCUCCUGUGCCGUUGACAACAGCUGAGGAGGAAUUAGCUGAAUUGAAAAAGACUACCGCUGCUACGGACUACAGCGUGGAAACAAGACAUCAAACGUUAAGCGGUGUAGCAUUUCCAGUAACAGAUGAAGCCAAGCAAGCUAUUACAGAGAUGGCUAAAGGGGUUCAUGAAUAUGUUCAAUUAAAAAUUGACCUGGAAGAAGAGAAGAUACACUUGGUAACAGCUUGUGAUGUCUCUUUGGAUAAAUUACCUACUAAAGUCCCAUCUGACUUUGCUAGAUAUCAUCUUUAUAACUUUAAGCAUACUCAUGAAGGAGAUUAUACAGAAUGCAUAGUUUUCAUAUAUAGCAUGCCAGGAUAUAGUUGCACUAUUAAAGAAAGAAUGUUAUAUUCCUCCUGCAAAGGGCCUCUCCUGGAUCUUAUUCAGUCUUUAGGAGUAACCAUAGCAAAGAAGUUGGAAGUAAAUAGUGGGGAGGAAUUGGCAGAUAUGUUGGAAGAUCCUCCAAGCAUAAAAGACACAGCUGCAAUAACUCCUGCAACUCCGUCAACACCUUGUGCCCCUACUCAAUCUAUACCAGAGAAAAAAUCAAAACAGAAACGGUCUUGUGUCUUGAGCUAACCGGCUUAAAGCAUUUGUCUGCCAUUAUUACUGCUUCUCGCUAAUUGAAGUGUUUGUGAUGUUUUACGCAUCAGAUAUCUUCCUUCGUGAAUUCCAGAAUUGUGAUAGUACGAUAUUGUGACAUGGGAUAUGUCAUUUAAGGAUAAAAAAAAUAAUGGGUUUCCAAUAUUUCACGUUAGAGCAAAUUAUAAUUACGUAGCUAUGUACAAUUCUAAAUUAAUUUAGAAGCAGCGGAGAAAGAAAAUGUAAUGCAUCGUGUAAAGGGAUAGUAAUCAGUGUUGUUUAUCAACAUUUAGGAUUAAUUUGUCGAAGUGAUACGUAUAUCUAUGUAGCAAAACAGAGUAGACCAAAUGGUGUAUUUUUCUAAAUUUUAAAAGCAAAAUUGCCAUACACACGUGAAACUCUCUGUGAAACGUUACUGUAUCUUAUUCAACAAUAACUGUGACGAGCCUAUGACACGGACAACCCCAUAACAUAUAUACACUUCUUGUUGUUUCGCAUAUACUGUAUGAAUUUACUCAUUUAUAUGGAGAAAGGGAAAGAUAUAGUGCCGCUAGAUGGAGUCGGAUUACUUUGUUUGACAUUGAAAGCUAAGCCUCAAGCAUUUUGGACUUCUUAAGUUUGGUAUAUGAAACCUUAUAUAUAUUAUGAUGUGAUAGCAAAUGCGUGUGUAAUUUAGUUGUAAUACAGGACCUAAUGACAUUCUACUCAUAUAGUUCCUUGAUUCUAAAUAACUUUAUAUUUUACUCGCGCGCGAUUCCUAUAUAUCUAAAAUAUAUUAUACUUUCUUAGAGAAAGAAAAAAAAACAUACGAGGAUAUAUUACUGAGUCUACCGAAUUAGUUCCUAGUCUUAUAAAGGUGAUAUGUAUCUUCUUAAGUAUCUCUUAAACGGAAUUCGAAGGCUUGGCUUUUAAACUCAUACAAAAAUAUUCAUAUAGGGUUUUAGUAUAAUGUAAUGUUUUUAUCUGAUAUCUGUGGUAACCUGCAUACCAUAUGUGAUGGUUAGAGAGUUAGGAAAAAUUCCAUUUGCUCUAAAUAGAUGCUCUAAAUAGAGAAAGGGAGAAGGAAUGAAAGAGAGAGAAAGAGCUAAAGCCAUUCACCUAACUUCUCUACAUAUUUUCAAUAUGACGAUAAUGUAGACACAAGUGAUAUAAAUAUGCAAACACCACAUUAACGUGGAUAUAUUUUUUUCGCACAUUAUUAUUUCAGCUACAAGAUAGUGAUGAAUGCUAGUUACUUUACAUAUAUAUUAAAUUUUAUAUCAUGUUCCAUAUACAAUAUUGUAAAUGCCACAAAAUAUUAGAUUUCUACAAGUGUGUGCGUAUGAUGUAAGACUGAUCUUGGUGAGUCCUGUCAGCUGUUAAUGCAUGUUAAUUAUUGUUUAAGCGAAAAAAUCGCAGUACAUAUUAAUUUACUGUCUUCCGUUGUAUAUUCUUUCACAUAGUUCGCGUUCACAAAGCUACGUUAUGCACCGGAGAGAUAUAAAUUGCGGCGUUUUUAUUUAAUAUUUUAUCUAUUAUUUAAAAUUGAUUUAAAACACGCGGUACAUUUCGGGAUUAUUUGAGAAUGUUCCAAAAUAUUUACUUGAACAUGCAGUUUACAGCAGACUAGGACUGAAAUCAGAUAGCCAGCAACAAAAUAUAUGAGAGACAUUCUAUUUUUUGUGAUCUGUAUUUUUUUAAUACUUGUAGCUUUUUAUAAACUUUUUAACCAUUUUAGUGCGAAAUAUGAGAAAAUUUGGCGAAAAUGUUGGUGAAAACGACUGGGUCUAAUUAUUAUGAGAGUGAUUUCCAAAUGAGCCAAAUUCUUGUAAUUGUUUCUUCCGUGGACGUUUUGCCUUUUUAGGUUUUUACACCAAUGAGACACAGAUAUAUAUUUUUAUAAGUAAAGUUUUAAUGAAAUUAAAAAACUCUUCGUUAUUGUAUAUGUUGUUCUUAUUAAGUAACAACUCACGUCUCCGUUAACAAUUUGUCCAAAGCCGGAAGAGAAGAAUUAAUAGCAUUUGGCUCACCUUUCGCACAGAUACAAUUGACAAUUGCACUAUGCUCAAGCAUUGUCUGAACUAACGUGUUUUAUUUCACAAGAUUAUGACGCACAACGUUGCCUAGUAUUUUUUAGUUAAGUGUCGUACCAGGCCUAUUCCGUAAGUCUCCUAUUUUAGCACCGAAACUGCUUCAAUUAUAGUUAUAUAGACUCAUUACAAACAGAAAUUGUAUAUCUUGCCAAUAUCGAAUAUACUGGAAAUAAUAAAGCAUCAUGCAAUUUAAA